AUGCUCGCCGGGAACGAAGCGUUUAGGUCUAUCCCCAAUGCUGACUCCCAUCUGCAUUGGUGGAAGAACGACGGUUUGCGCAAGCUCAACCUUCUCCUUUGUACCAUCUUCAUCGCCCAAUUCCUCAAUGGCUACGACGGCUCUCUCAUCAGUGGCUACCAGUCCAUGAAAUCUUGGAUGUCAGCUCUUGACCAGCCAAGUUCAAGUGACAUCGGCCUGCUCAACGCAGCGACGUACUUGGCGGGCCUGUGCACAGCUCCCGUCGCCGCGUAUGUUGCGGAUCGAUGGGGAAGGAAGUGGUGUAUUCGGUACUCUUCUGUUACGAACUUGAUUGGCACGGCUAUUGGUGCGGCAUCUGGUGCUGGCAAUUCGAACGGCUACGCGAUGUUCAUCAUUUCUCGGAUCAUUAUCGGCUCUGGUAUCGCUUUUGCUCUCAUGACUUCCCCUGUUAUCCUUCAAGAGCUGCCUCAUCCGAGACACAGGACAUGGAUGGCUGGGUUCUUCGAUGUAUCAUUCAUCAUGGGUAACUUCGUCGCCAGUUGGGUUCUCUUUGGUUGCUCGCACAUCACAAGCAACUGGGCAUGGCGUAUUCCUUACAUCAUCCAUCUUGGUCCUGCGUUCGCCAUGAUCAUCCUGAUCACCUUCGUCCCCGAGUCUCCCCGUUGGCUCAUCAAACAAGGUCGUCACGCGGAGGCCAAGGAGUUCUUUGCAAAGUACCACGCCAAUGGCCACGAGAACGAUGAGCUCGCCGAGUUCGAGUUCAAUGAGGUCGUUGAUGCUAUCAAUUUCGAGGCCAUCGCUCACCAGGACUCGUGGAAGGCGAUCCUUACGACGAGGAGCAGUCUUCAUCGCCUUGGAUGUGUUGUCUUAAUUGCUGUUUGCCAGAACCUCAGUGGAACGGCUAUCAUCGCGUACUACUACACUUCUAUCCUCAAGCUCGUCGGGAUCACGAACAGUACCACCCAGACUGGUAUCAACGCCGGCCUCACAUCCUUCACCGCCCUCGUCGCCCUGUUCGGUCUCUACCUCACCCAACACAUCCGCCGUCGCCCACAAAUCUUCAUCUCCUGGACCGGCGUCCUCCUCGCCAACAUCGGUCUCACCGUCUGCACAUCCAUGUACCAGAAGACAGGGAACACCGGACCCGGUAUCGGUGCCGUCGUUUUCGUGUGGUUGUACAACGGGAUGUUCUUCAUCGCGUGCGGCCCGAUCUUCUUCUCCUACCCGGCUGAGGUGCUCCAUUACUCGAUGCGGGCGAAGGGUAUGAUGGUCUGGGCGAUCACGGCGAAGUGUCUGAGCGUGUUCAGCUCGUACACUAACCCUGUUGCUAUGGCGGACAUCGGCUGGAAGUGGUACACCUUCUACCUCGCCAUCAUCGUCGUAACCUUCGUCCUCCUCUACCUCUACAUCGUCGAGACCAAAGGCUACACCCUCGAAGAAAUCAGCGAAGCCUUCGAAGGCAGAUCACCGUCUUCCAAGUCUUACAGCAGCGACCCUGCCCACCCUAGCGUCCUCGACAAGAAAGGAGGCAACGGGAGCGGACAUUCGGUCAGCGUGUCGGCUGUCGACGAAAAGCAUGAGCUCUGAGUGCUUAGCGCUUGAGCUUCUUUUGGUUUUGGACGGAGUUUGGUUUGAGUUGUAGGCUCGACCGAUGGGUUAUAUUUGGGACUGAUUUGGAUAGGAUGGCAUGGGGUGGAAUGAUCCCAUGGAUGGACACGAUGUAGCCUUUAUCUAUUCUUUUAUGUUAG